AUGACCAAUAUCUUUACUCUUCUCCAACUUGGAGCUGUUGCUAUGGUAUACUUGCAACCCACAAAUGAAGUACUUGAGAGUGUAUUUGGAGACCCACACGGCGCUGAGUUGUCUAUUCAGAAUGUUGUGCCAAGGUUGAUUUCUAGAUCAUUAGUUGUUGUGACAGGAACCAUACUUGCAGCAAUGCUUCCCUUCUUUGGAGAUAUGAAUGCUUUGAUUGGAGCUUUUGGGUUCAUGCCUCUUGACUUCGUCUUGCCUGCGCAUGCUCAAGGUCCAGCCACAGUACUGGCCAUUGGCACAGCUAAUCCAUCAAACUAUACAGACCAGACUGACUUCCCUGAUAACUACUUCAGAUCCACAAAAAGCGAGGACAUGAUCGAGUUGAAGGACAAGUUCAAGCAUAUUUACGAAAUCAUCAAUGAGAAUCCUGACCUCUACAACCCAAUAGCUCCAACACUUGACAAACGUCAAGAUAUAAUGAUAGUUGAGGUACCCAAGUUAGCCAUGGAAGCUGCAUCAAAAGCAAUCCAACAAUGGGGUCAGCCCAAAUCAAAGAUAACCCACCUUGUAUUCACUACUAUUUCAGGUGUUGAUGCAUCUGGUUAUGAUUUUCACCUCAUCAAACUCCUUAAUCUUUCCCCUACUGUUCAACGUGUUAUGAUGUAUCAUCUGGGUUGUUAUGGUGGUGGCUCUGUUCUUCGUGUUCGUGUUGCCAAAGAUUUUGCAGAGAACAAUAAAGGUUCAUGUAUCCUUGUUGUUUGUUCAGAGAUGAACUCUGUGAGUGGAUUUAAAGGACCUUCAGAAACUGAUUUCCAUUCCCUGUUAGGACAAGUAAUCUUUGCUGAUGGUGCUUUAAUAGUUGGUGCAGAUCCUGAGAUUCUAAUCGAACGGCCAUUGUUUCAGCUUUUCGCAGCGAGUUCUCGUAUACCACCCGACUCUGAUGAGAUGGUCCCAGGUCACUUGCGUCAAACGGGUCUUUCAAUUAAAUUAUCUAGAGAUGUUGCUAAAACUAUUUCUGGGAAUAUUGAGAAAUGUUUGGUGGAAGGAUUCACUAAGAUUGGGAUAAGUGAUUGGAACUCUAUUUUUUGGGUGGCUCACCCAGGUGCACCAGCUAUUUUGGAUUUGAUUGAAGUAACAUUGGGAUUGAAAAAGGACAAAUUGAAGGCAUCAAGGAAAGUUUUGAGUGAGUAUGGUAAUAUGUCAAGUCCUAUUCUAUUGUUCAUUUUGGAUGAGAUGAGGAAGAUGUCAAUGGAAGAAGGUAAAGUUUCAACUGGUGAAAGGUUUGAUUGGGGUGUGUUGUUAGGGUUUGGACCAGGACUUACUGUGGAGACUGUUGUGUUGCCUAGUGUCUGUAUAGUUUGA